UAUCAUAUAAAAAGAGCGACCCCAAACAGAUCUUUAAAUUCUCUCGCUUAAAAGGAACAAAGUUUAAAAUAUUUUAUCUGAAUUUCCCAAGAAAAAUCGAGAAGAAAUUUAGGUCCCAUGGCUUACGUUGAGCGAGGUGUUGUGAAAUCAAAGCGAUCUAUAUGGCGAUUGAGAACUAUUACUGAUUUCUUCUGGGCGAUUAUUAAUUUCAUAGGCGUGUUCUUUUCUACGAUGUUCUCGAUGGAAAAGUCGGAUGCUUACAGGAAGGGAUCUGGUUCUGGCAAGAAAUGGGACGGUGGACCAGGAGGGCCUGGAAGCGGACCGUAUGGUGGUGGUCCACGGGGUCCUCCUCGAGGUUUAGAUAAUGUUCGAGGAAUUGACCAUAGUUCAUUACCUGCUUGUGGAUCCUGCUGCGGCUAAUUGAAUGUCUCCAGGUUUUUUAAAAAAGAUUUCUGUUGAAAAUGAUCUAAUUUGUAUGAAUAGAUUCUCGUUUAUUAGUGAAACCAAUGCCUUAGCGUUAAAUAAUAUGUGCCAAUUUGUCAAGAAGGCUGUUGUCUGUGCUCCGAAUUUAUUUUCUUGAAUUGUAUAUAGUAUAGUUGAGUCUUAAUUCUGUAAACAUAGAUCAAAUGAUUUUCCUGAGUGUGAAAUGAUUAUCAUAUGUGGAA